AUGACUCAGUGGCACAAUUGGGCUUCCAGUAACUAUAUCGUCCGGUUCAAGGACCCGAAGGGGUCCGCGAUAUCCCGCAGAGACUUUUGCAAGGCAUGGGCCCUUUCCCGUCGGACAGUCGGUUUUCUAGGCGGCCUUAAAUCAUCAAUACAAGACUGGGGUGUUGAACAGGAACAUGCAGAAGAUUUAGAGACCAUCUCUGAGCUGCUCCGUAAAGUAAGUCUUGAAUCCGGUAAAGCAGUAUCAGCAGCUUAUUCUUCCGCUUUGGAACAGUACGAAGCCUAUUGGGGUAAGUCUUUCUCCGACUAGUCAAAUCCCUUGUACAUCCACUGAUACCAAUGGUAGACGAACUCAAUUUUGUCAAUGCAGCAGCAUCAGUUCCUGG